AUGGCGUCGGUCGACGAAGAAAUCUCGAAGCUGGUUGAAGAAAUCAAGAGACUCGGAAAGCCAGAUCCAAAAUACGACAACAAGAUCUCUGUCAAGUUCGGUAUAAUUGUCCUCGAUGAACGAGCCUCCAACAUCUUUGAAGCUCUCAACGGCACACUACGAGCAGCUAAAAAGAGGAAGGUGGUCGACUUUAAGGGAGAAAUGUUGCUUCAAGGCGCUCACAACGACGUCGAUAUCAUUCUACUUCAGCAAUAA